AUGUCUUACUUCUUCUCAACUCCUCUGGACAUCGACAUUCGGCUUGAUGAUGGGGACGAUAGCCGGCAGAUGGUAGAUGUCAAGUUGGACAAGAAUAGACGAGAGAAAUGCCCUCUAUACCAGGAUGGCGAAUCUGUAAAGGGGGCAGUGACAAUUAGGCCAAAAGAUGGAAAGCGUUUGGAACAUACGGGCAUCAAAGUGCAAUUCAUCGGAACAAUAGAGAUGUUCUUUGAUCGAGGAAACCACUAUGAGUUUCUAUCAUUAGGACAAGAGCUUGCCGCCCCCGGUGAUCUCCAGCAUCCACAAACAUUCGAUUUUGAAUUCAAGAAUGUCGAGAAGCAGUACGAGUCCUAUAAUGGCAUCAAUGUCAAGCUUCGCUACUUUAUCCGGGUCACUGUCUCGCGGAGGAUGGCAGAUGUGAUCCGUGAGAAGGAUAUUUGGGUAUACUCGUACCGCAUGCCCCCAGAAAGUAAUAGUUCGAUCAAGAUGGAUGUUGGAAUCGAAGACUGCCUUCACAUCGAGUUCGAAUAUUCAAAGUCGAAAUAUCAUUUAAAAGAUGUCAUUGUCGGGCGUAUAUAUUUUCUUUUGGUUCGACUUAAGAUUAAACAUAUGGAGUUAUCCAUUAUUCGCAGGGAAACUACAGGGACAGCACCAAAUCAGUACAAUGAAAGCGAAACACUUGUCAGGUUUGAGAUUAUGGAUGGAUCGCCUUCCCGAGGCGAAACUAUUCCAAUUCGUCUUUUUCUUGGCGGGUUUGACUUGACCCCCACAUUUCGCGAGGUUAACAAGAAGUACUCAACCCGGUACUAUCUAAGCUUAGUACUGAUCGAUGAAGAUGCAAGACGUUACUUCAAGCAAUCGGAAAUCGUACUCUUCCGUCAAGCUCCAUAA